UCUGGGAAAACCCCUGAAAGAAAUGUGGCUGUUGCAUCAGGAGGUGGGGGGGGGGGGGCAGCCUCCGAUGUGUGCCUUGUCUGGCCCGGCCCUCAGGGACCCAGGCUUGCAGCUCUAAAGCCUGGCUCAGAGAGACCCCUCCCCCCUGCACCCUGCCCCGUCCUUCCCCAGGGACGGGCUCCACAAGCUGGGGGACGCAGAGGCCCAGGCCCCUCUUCCCCAAGGACCCCAUUUUGUGGGCAGGAGAGAACCGGCCCCUAACUUCUCGGGGACCCAGAGGCCCAGGCCCUUCCCUCUUAAAGAUGGCCGUGUCCAGCGCCGCCUCCUCUUGGGGACCCAAGUGUCCAAGGUUCUGAGGCUCCAGGUCUCUGGAUUCAGGCACCCAGACCCCACUUAUUCCAGAGCCGGCCACUGAGCCCCAAUUUCUUGGCGCCGCCCCCCUUCUCACAGACCUCGGUGUCUGAGCCCCUCCCCCUUCAGACACCCUGUGGCUUUAGCUCUUCUAGAGCUUGUCUGCCUUUCCCAGGGACUCGGGCUCCCAGGGCUCCAGGCCUCGGCAGUCAGGACCCCCAGUCUCAAGGGACUCUGCAUUCCCCCCUUGGGCACCGGGUGUUGGAGCUCGCAGGGCCAUUGCUGCGCUUCCUGCCCCCCCCCUCGCCCCGGUUGCAUCAUCCCUGUGGGGUGGUGACUGCGCCACGGUGGAAGAGCCGAUGCCGGCCAAGUGGGUCAAGUUUCAUGAAGAUAGCAGGUGACCAGAGGUGGGCGGAGGGCCUGGACACGGGUAUAAGCCCCUGGGGCCUUCCCAGAGCAGCCACAGGGAAUCCAGAGAAAGAGGAGGAACCAGCCUAGCCUCGACUCCAGAGCCCCAGGGAGCAGAUCUUCUGGACCCCGGUCCCCUCAGUCUCUCCAGCCUCCCCAGCCUCUCUGCCCUCCCUGGCCUCCCCAGCCUCCCUGGCCUCCCUCCACUCACCCCCCCCCCCCACAGGCCUUGGCGCACGAAGACCCCAGCAGGUGAGAGCCCAAGCUCUGGGGGCCGAGGCUGCCAGGCUCCUGAGCGUCUGGGCCCAGUGAGGUCCGGCCCCGUCCUCGGGCCGGAGGCCCUCAGUCCUCCCUCCGCUGUGUCUGCCAUGGGCCUGAGGGAGCGAGCUCCCAGGUACCUGGCCCCGCUGCUGUCCUUGCUCUUGGCCUGCAGGGCCUCGGGUCACCCCCUCCCGGAUUCCAGCCCCAUGCUCCUGUUUGGGGGGCAGGUCCGCCUCCGGCACCUCUACACGGAUGUGGGCCAGGAGGCCGAGGCCCACGUGGAACUGGCGUCCGACGGCACAGUCCGGGCGGCAGCGCGGAGGAGUCCCAACAGUCUCCUGGAGCUGAAGGCUGUGAAGCCGGGCAUCGUCCGAAUCCUGGCCGUCCACAGCUCUCGGUUUCUGUGUAUGAGGCCCAACGGGGAGCUGUACGGAGCGAUACACUACGACCCUUCCGCCUGCAACUUUCGGGAGCGCCUGCUGGGGGACGGCUACAACGUGUACGAGUCCGAGGCUCACGGGAGGACCCUCCGCCUGCCCCCCAAGGCCGCCCCGGGACCCGCCGGACCUUCUCGCUUCCUGCCGCUCCCCGGCGAUCGGCUGCCCGGCCCCGAGCCACCCUGGCCACAGGGUCCCGAGCUCCCGGACGUGGGCUCGGCGGACCCAUUGAGCAUGGUGGGGGGCUCGCAGGGCCGGAGCCCCAGCUUCUCCUCCUGAGUGCCGGCCCCCCAGCCCGGGCGGGUCCUGGCCACUAUUUAUUCCGAGGGCUGGGCACCUCAAGCCUUAUUUAUGUCCCUUUUCUAGUUUGUUUUCUGAGCAAUAAAGCGCAUUAUCUCAGUAGCAGAUGGGGUGGGGGCACUUAUUGGGGUCCCCAAGGGGAACAGUCUGAAGGGUGGGUGAUGGAAUCAGCUCCACAGCUGAUGGAAGGGGAGGAGCUGAUGGAAGGGGUGGAGCUGAUGGAGGGGAGGAGCUGAUGGAAGGGGUG